AUGUUUCAUCCAUUGUUCAAACAAUUUGCUUGUCGUAUGAAAAGAUUGGAAUCAUUCGAAUCAUGGAAACGAGAUGAUAUAUGUCGAACUGAACUUGCUGAUGCUGGCUUUGUAUACUAUGAUGUCGACAACAAAGUGAUUUGUUAUCAAUGUGGUUGCAUUGUUAAUGAUUGGUUUGAGAAUGCAGAUCCAUGGUUAAUUCAUGCACAAUCAUCGCCAUUCUGUUUUCAUUUAUAUAUCAAGUCAGGACAAGCUUUCAUCGAUUCAGCAAGAGAGGGCAGAGAACCAUUUAUUGAACAACCAGUUCUUUUUGCUCCUAACGCAGACAGAUAUACUUGUAAAAUUUGUUUCGAAAAUGAAAUAAGUACAGUUUUCUGUCCAUGCAAUCACGCUAUUGCAUGUUACGAGUGUUCAGCCGAGCUAACAGAUGAAAAUUGUCCAUGGUUUAGAAGAAAGCUUUGCGAUGUAAUAAGAUUCCGCUUUUUUGAUUAA